GAUAUUGUCAUAAGGAUUUUCAUAGUGGAAAUAUCUUGCAAGAUUAUAAUUAUGCUUAUAUUUCAGAUUUUGGAUUAACAGGACCAGCAGAUAAGCAAGGAACGAAUGACAAAAUAUAUGGAGUAUUACCAUAUAUCGCUCCAGAAGUCUUGAAUGGAGGAACAUGUACCUUAGCUUCUGAUAUUUACAGUUUAGGUGUAAUUAUGGCUGAAUUUUCAACCGGAAACCCUCCAUUUUAUGAUAGGAAACAUGAUCAUUUAUUAUCUUUAGAUGUUUGUAAUGGACUUC